CGCGCGUUCCCACAGUGCUCAGCGGCAGCCACUAUGGAGGCCGGCAGGACAGCUGUGCUGCGGGUGAAACGGAAGCGCAGUGCGGAGCCAGCCGAGGCUCUUGUGCUCGCUUGUAAACGCCUCCGGAGCGACGAGGUCGAGUCGGCGGCACAGAAGACGUCGGAGGGUUUGGAGAGAGCAGCGGAGAAUAAUGUCUUCCACUUGGUGGCCACUGUGUGCUCCCAGGAGGAACCAGUCCAGCCUCUCCUGCGGGCAGUUCUGCGCCCGUCACGGGACAGCCAGCAGCGUGUCCGCUGCAAUCUCCGCGCCUCGGCUCGGGAGAUCCGGCAGGAGGGCCGCUACCGGGUGGUUUCCAGCCGCCGAUCCUUGGGGACCACCUCGAGCGGCCAGGAGUCCGAGUACACGCCGGGGAACCCAGAAGCCGCCGGGGACUCGGGCUUUCAGUUGUUAGACCUUGUCCACGAGGAGGGAGAACCUGAAGCCGCCGCUGCAGGCUCCUGCAAAACAUCUGACCCAGAUGUGAUCCUCUGCAAUUCUGUAGAGUUGAUCCGUGAGCGAUUGACUGUGUCUGAGGAUGGACCUGGAGUCAGGCACCAGGAAGAACAAAAACACGAUGACUAUGUGUAUGACAUUUACUACUUGGAGACGGCCACUCCAGGCUGGAUUGAGAACAUCCUCUCUGUGCAGCCCUACAGCCAAGAGUGGGAGCUGGUGAAUGAUGAUCAAGAACCAGAGGACAUUUACGACGAUGAAGAUGAUGAGAACAGUGAGAAUAACUGGCGCAAUGAGUACCCAGAGGAGGAGAGCAGUGAUGGAGAUGAGGAUUCCAGAGGCUCUGCUGACUACAACAGCCUGAGUGAGGAGGAAAGAGGCAGCAGCAGACAACGGAUGUGGAGCAAAUACCCUCUGGAUGUGCAGAAGGAGUUUGGCUAUGACAGCCCCCACGACCUGGAUUCAGACUGAUCGUCUUGUGAUGUCCAGCCAUGAGGUUCUGCCACAAGCCCUUGAGGGCUCUGAGUCCAGGGUUAGCUGCCCUGCUGACAUCCUCUUAGGUUUCCUAGCUUAACACGUGCAAGGAAAAGCAUAUCAAGCAUGUCAGGCAGCACCAUCCUACCACAGUGAAAACUUAUGUUAAAGGAGUGAGUCUUUUCCACUUAUAGUAGGGCCCUUUUGCCUCAAUCAAAAGUGACCCUACAGUUUGAAAGAAAAAAAAAAAAUGUGUAAAAAGGAAGGUUUCUUUAGCUUUAGCUUCUUGGCCCAGGAAUUUUUCCUGGCAUUCAGGUGCUGUGCUGAAACCACAAGGGAAGGAGAGGUUCCCGUUUCAUUAGCAGUAAGUUUCUGCUCUGCCAUACCACCAGGCUGCCUGCCUCUGGGAAAACCCUGUUCCUUUUGAUCGAAUCUAAAAGGGGGACUGUGGGUCCCUUGUAGCAACACAGACUGGAUAGUAAUGGCCAUUAGGGCAGAAAGCAGUCUGUGUGAGCUGUGGGAGAUUUCAGUUAACAGCUAUUUCGGCUUCCAAACUCUGGUAAUAGUUGUGAAAUGACUGACUGACUUCCUUUGGCAGUGGGGCCAGGAAACAAUGUGUACGAAUGUGAUACAUGUGUUUAGUAAAGUCUAGCUUUGAACAUGGAA